ACCCCUUCUGCGAGCUCUCGGUUCAGCUGUUGAUCCCUGAAUGAAGCUACCGGGACGCAAGGACCGUCGACUUGGGACGACUCGCUUUUGCUUUUGCGUUUUUUUCCCUCUCCCAAAUACUAGGGAUCUGAGCCGAAACAAGAUUCACUUGACGCGGGCCAAAUGCGCAACUCGACUGGCCCGAAGCAACAAGUGGUUGCCAAGCAGAGGCGGCCCAGUUCGGCCAGUCACGAUGUGGACAGUGUGGCUCGAAGCCCUCGAAUCAAGCUCGUCCCGAACACCGGGAGCCGGAACUGGUGAUGGAGCCUCUCCCCUCUCUCACUUGAUGCUAACCCCUCUCCUCUCUCGGGCUCGCCUGCGAACGCAUGCCAGGUUUUCGGCUCCCUGGAGGUGGCUGAUCUUUUGGGAAGGCUUACCGGUGACCACGCCAACCAACGGAGCUCAUGGGACGAAAAGGGUCCUCCUCCCGCCUGUUCCAAACCAGCUCGUCGCAACGAGACAAUCGGUGGAGCGCACCAAGCCGAACGAUACACCACUGCAAUCCGUCGCAACUUGCCGAAGGAAUGCUCGAUAUUUCGCCUGGGCCCAUCAUAUGGAAGACGUCUGGAACAUCACACAUGUCGACGAUCCUCCAAUCGGUCCCCACCCGCGUCUCUCUUCUUCCCCUCCGCCAUUGUCUGCGAGAUUCCUGCUGGAACGGGGCUAACAGGCUAUCAGACAGUAUCCUGCUGCGUCUCUACGUCUGCCAUACGAACGCCACCGUGCCAGGUGCCAGACAACAUACGACCAAAGCAGCAGGCUCGGUGCAUGGAGGCGGACUGCGGCGGCGAUGAAGCUAAGCAAAUAAGACGUACACACCAACUGAGCACAUGGCAACCACUGAGCCCUCGGUGUCGAUACCCCGUUCUUUGGCCUCUAUGCCUAGGAAAUGAUGUUCGUCAAACCCCCGCCACCGAGUAUCCUUUCCCGUCACCGUUCCCCUACCCCUCCUCCUCUUCCAUCCACGGGCCUUCCCUUUGAUUAGCAACCAAAGAGGGUCCGACAUCCUUGGAAGGGGACUUUGAUGAGGAGAGUCGGUGAUCGACAAGCCAUAAGGGACGUUGGGCACCACGCCGCCGGGGCAAUUUGCGAGCCACUAGAACUGUGCCGUUAAUAGGUAGUCCACCCCUAGUCGAUCAGGUAGACCUUUAGUCGUGGCGUGGACCCACUAUAUGCAUAAUUCUGAAUGCACAGCU